UUUCUGUCGACGAACAAUUGUUUCUAAAAAAAUAUUUCAAAAUUCUUUACGACCUUUCUCAGUCGAUGUUCAUUUUAAGGGAAAGAAUAGCCGACCAAUUUUGUCGUUAAAUAGAAGAAUUACACAUUUAAGAACAAAUAUUGAUUCUUGUGUAAAACAACUGUGCACAAAAAUGAGUGAAGAUACUUCCUUAUUUAUUUUACCAAACAAACAAUCGAUAAUUGCUUUAGAAUGUGAACGUGCAUUUAAUGCUCUAACAACAAAUGAGAAACUGUAUGCACAUUAUUUGAGUCAAGCUGCAUGGAAUGGGAGUCUUAUUGUGUUUAUACAAACAUCACCAGAGUCACCAUUAAUAUUUGCCCUUUUGCAUAAAGUUUUUGUAUCCGAAGCAAUAAAUGAAUUGAAGGAAUCUGCACUUAAUGCUGGCAUUAGUGAAGAUGAAUUCACAGCUUUUUUAGUAUAUACUUGUGGAGUUUUUGCAAAUGCUGGUAAUUAUAAGUCUUUCGGCGAUAGUAAAAUAAUUCCUAAUUUGUCUAAAGAAAAAUUUGAAACCAUAUUAAAAGUAUCAAAAGCCUAUAAGGAUAGUCCCAAGGAUAUUGAAAGUAUUUGGAAUAAGAUUAAAAAUGUAACGUAUUCGAUAAGUGGAAAACUGAAAACUUUGGGACUAGGUGAUAAAGGUGUUACAACUUACUUUUCUGAGAAUUGUACAGAAAAGGAUGCUGACUUAAUUAAUGAAUUUAUGCAAGAAAAAGGACUAGAGUCUUACAAUGCAAGGUGUUUCAAAACAGCAGAUAAAGCUGCAGGAAAUAUGGAUACAUAUGAAAUUAGACUAGCUUCUGUAAAAACCGACGAUGAUUCUAACAUUACAUUAGCAGAAGAAGUUUUUAAAAAUGCUAAAUUUAAAAUUAAGAGAGGAGAUUAUAGCAAGCUUUUAAUUCCAGUUGUUGAUAAUUUGCAGAAGGCAAUAGAAUAUGCUGCCAAUGAAAAUGAAAAAAAUAUGUUGAAUAAAUAUAUAGAACAUUUUAAUACAGGAUCUUUACAAGCCCAUAAAGAUGGUUCUCGUUUUUGGAUAAAGGAUAAAGGACCGGUCAUAGAAACUUAUAUCGGUUUCAUUGAGACUUACAGAGAUCCUGCUGGUCAAAGAGGUGAAUUUGAAGGAUUUGUAGCAAUGGUAAAUAAGGAAAUGUCUAAAAAAUUCGCUACAUUAGUAAGUAACGCGGAAAAGUUUAUACCAAAUCUUCCAUGGGGUAAAGAGUUCGAAAAAGACGAAUUCUUAAGACCCGAUUUUACUUCUUUAGAUGUUUUAACAUUCUCUGGAUCUGGUGUCCCAUCAGGUAUAAAUAUUCCAAAUUACGAUGAAAUUAGACAAUCCGAAGGUUUUAAGAAUGUUUCUUUGGGUAGUGUAAUUCCUGCAAAUAUGAAAUUGGAUGUGAUACAAUUUUUAUCCGAACAUGAUCAAACUCUAAUGAAUACAUAUAGAAAUGCCAGUUUUGAAGUGCAAGUUGGUUUGCACGAACUUCUUGGUCACGGAACAGGGAAAUUGUUGAGACAGUUACAAUCUGGUUCAUAUAAUUUUGAUAAAGAUAAAGUAAAAAAUCCUUUAAAUGGAGAAGCAAUAAAUAAAUUUUUCCUGCCUGGGGAAACAUAUGAUUCAAAGUUUGGUCCAAUGGGAUCUUCUUAUGAAGAAUGUAGAGCAGAAGCAGUUGGGCUUUAUCUGUCUUUAGAGCCGGAUAUACUAAGCAUAUUUGGUUACGAAGGUUCUAAAGCAGAUAUCAUAAUGUAUGUGAAUUGGUUGUCUUUACUGUGGAAUGGCUGUGCAAAAGCUUUAGAAUUUUAUGACCCAUCUACUAAAAAAUGGCUGCAAGCUCACUCCCAAGCGAGAUAUGUCUUACUUAGAGUUUGUAUAGAAGCUGGUGAAGAUUUUGUUAAUGUUACCGAAUCCGAACCUGGGAAAAAUUUAUUAUUAACUGUAGAUCAAUCAAAGAUUUUGACAGUCGGAAAAAGAGCAAUUGGAAAGUUUUUAACUAAGUUACAAGUUUAUAAAAGUACAGGUGAUGUAGAGGCAGCCAGGAAUAUGUAUGAAAAGUACAGUGAAGUACCUGAAACAGGACCACAGCCAUGGGCACGUUGGAGAGAUAUAGUUUUAGCCCAUAAAGAGCCGCGAAAAAUAUUUGUACAAUCGAACACAUUUGUAAAUGGUGAAGAGGGAGUGCAACUGAAAAACUAUGAACCCAAUUUUGUUGGAUUUAUUCAGUCUUGGAUGGAAAGAUUUCCUUCCCCAGAAACUUCACAAACUCUUAUUGAGCUUUGGGAGAAAGAUAAAGAACAUUUUGUACUUAAAAAUAAUUAAUUGAUUCCAGCACCAGUAAAACUACUAAUUGUUAUACGAUUUUUUUAAUUAUGUAAGCUAUGAGGUUUAUUAUACAUAUAAACACAUAGAUAAUACACUUCAUAAAGCUAAUUACUUAUUUUCUUAAUGCAUC